AUGACAUUUUCAGAACGCGAAAACAAUCUUGGAGAUUCUGAUCAUCAGAGAGCUGAGAUGUCGGUGUCGAUGUCGGUACCAGAGGGGCCCACGGAUUUGGGAAGAAAAUUUGGAUCUAUGUCUGUCUUGACUGGGGAGUCUGCUGCGGGAUACCAGGACGGAAAUCAGGGCCAGGAUCAGAACCAGCGAGCUGGAGAUUUGGAUGGAAAUAAUGAGCAUCAAGAUCCUCGAGUUCAACAGCAGCUCACACAUGGAUCGGUGAGAAUUGAAUCACUACCCACCGAAACACAAAACCUACCAUCUGCAAGACAAAACCUUCGUCCAAUCCCCACGUUCGGACCAGGAAGCUGGAAUGAAUUUGUAUCAAGAGCUAGAGAUCGUAGUACAUCACCUCCUGCGCGAAAUAAUGUACCGGUGAAUCCAUCACCAACCCAAACGCAAAACAUCCACCAAGAAGAUCCCAUCGUGUUCGAAUACCCAUUUAAUCACCAUCAAAUUUUGUCUGCAUCAAGACCAAUAAAUAAAAAUCCUCAUCCUCAGAAUUCCCCACCGGACGGUCUUCCACCUGCUAAUGACAAUAGUACUUUAUCACACGCAGAACGCAUAUGGAUUGCAGCACAUAGGAAUGAAUCGGCAUUAGUGUUAUCCGACGGUAGCGACGUGCAGACCCCGUUCACCCAAGCAGGAACUCAAGCUCGGGAGUCCAUAUCCGAUGAGAGCCGCAGAGUCAUGAAUCAAAUUUACUCCUUCCCACCACCAGGUUCACGCUUAGAUGUCGAACGCAGCUUAUUGCAUAUGGAGGAACGAAUGCAACAUGUAGGUCAACGAUACAGGUUUGAGUUUUUAGAACGAAGACAUUUAGCUGAGAUGGAGGGUUCUAUUCAGCAGUUGGCGGUGCCCAAUAGACACGGAGUUUAUCCGAAUAUUACGGAUGAGAUGAUUAGGUUACAGAGGGAUGUUAGUAGGGUUAGAGAGGAGGUGCAUAGGACUGCGGAGACGAGAUCGGUUUCUCCUUCGAGUGAGGAGGGAGGUGUAUGGUUGAUCGAGGGGGAGGAUGAGGGAGAAGUGGAAUGGUCCACAAAUACCAGGGCAGAUCAUCAGGAUGUCCAACCUGUUCCAGCGAUGCAAGAAGUUUCUACUCUUCAAACGGAUACACGGGAUAACGAAUCCAAUCCAGAAACUGAGAACUUGCAAGAUAUAUCGCCGCUUGAAAGACGUGAUAUAUCUCCGCAUCCACGUCAACCUCACAUAUCCACCGCAUACGCAAAUGAAAUUGCAUCUAUCAUCGAAGCGAGUAAUCGAGCUAGUGCCGAGAGAACAGAGCAUGAUAUUGCUCGGAUGCAAUUGACACCGGGGCCACCGGAGCCACCACUAUCCUAUAGAACGAUAUUUCCGCACGAGGGAAAUGUUGAAAAUGCCUCUAGGAGUACGCCACAAAUUCCAACCCAUACAGGUAGAGAAUCAAGAAAUGCUAUGAAUGGAACAAUGAAUCCUGCUACACGUACACGGCGUCUACAACCAAGUACCAGUUACCACAGAAGUCCAUCACAUGAACAAAGUACAUCUCCCACGGCCGAGCAACAAUUCAAGGCUAGGACAUUGUACCGCAUACAACCACCGGCCCCUAAUACCGCGCACGAUUAUCUAGCUAGGUGGCAAUUGUACCUUAAAAGAUCCGCUUGGAGAAUAGGUUCCUGCCUCUACGAAGAAUUGUUGCGUCGUCGAGGGAGAUACACAUUAAUUCCUCCCGCCUCUAGCGCCAUCUCCAUCGAAGACGUUAGUGGGACCACUCGCUCUGAUAAGGAAAUCCUCACUGCGUAUUUGCUCUCUGCAUCUGAUGGAGUUAAGGAAAUUUUGAGAUUGGUAGUACAGGAUGGGAUGCAUGUUCAAGAAGCAUGGCAUUACAUAUUAUUGUGGCAAGAGUUUAUCUUGGAGUGGCCGGUGCAUAAAUAUCAUGAUGAGCAUGGAUUAGUGCCGAUGGAUCUGAUGAUGAUUAUGCAGGGGUUAGAUAAUGGAUGGGGACGCUGGAGGAUGACCUGCAAGUGUAGAAGUGAAUGUGCUGAAUAUCUUGCCAAGAGAACGAUUUAUAACCCAUUUCCCUCCGCAGAGUUCCUGACUGCCAGGGUGGAUUACGGAGUUAUCACUACGCAGAUUCUUCGGGAUUAUUUUGGCUCCAGACUCGUUCUCCUUGACCAGCAAUGGAAUUCCUUAGCAGCAUUGAGAGAGAAAAAUUAUUUCACAGCACGCAUACUUCAGCUCGCAACAAAUUUCGCUCGGGGUUGUAUCAAUGUCGAAACUGUAGCAGUCAAGCUACUAUUCGAUGAAUCGGAGAAUGCAAAACGUAGAGAAAUCUUCGAUAGACUUAAAGUGGAAGAAUUGCUACUUGCGGGUCCAUGCGGGGCAUUAAGCACUUCCCGCGCAUGA